AUGCCGAGUGUAUCCAUGAUUUUACUUUUAUCUUGGAAUGCAAUACGUAUAAAAGAAAUCGGUUUGGCUGUGGCCAAAGAUGAAUGUAGCUCCAAAGCUGACUGCCAUACGAAGUUGUCAGUAAAUUUCGUUUGUUGCAAAGGAGACUCUUGCAAUAGCGAAAGAACAU